CGCCGGCCCCAUGGCGCCCAAGAAGUCGACCGCGAAGUCGACCGCGCCGUCACCGCUGAAGUCGGCGGCCAAGGCUGUGGUGGCGCCCAAGGACCCAAAGCCAGCCACUGAGAAAUCGGCGACUGAAAAAUCGGCGACCGAGGAACCAAAAGCAGAGAAAACUGCUGUGACCGCAGUGGUUGAGAAGGUUGAGGAGCCGAAAGUUCCACCUGUGUGGCCCAGGAAGAUUGACUUUAAAGCGCUUGCGGAUGAGGUGAAGUUGGCAGCCAGCUGGGAUCGGACGGCGCUGGUGGUGUGCAACGGCAAAGCCAAGGAAGCGGAUACGUUUUUUACCUACAGCGGACACGCACAGAUUGAUGCGAAGUGGGUUUUAGCUGAGACUGCCAUCAAGAAGACCAUGUCCGUAGAGGAGAUGCAGGAGGACUUGCGGCGGAGGGUAGUUGGCGCGAUGAAACAUGGCCUGCCGGUCCACGUAGCCAUGGCGAACAGUGCUGUGUCCUUUAAGGAAAAGUUCUGCUCAGAGAAAGGCCUCCCCGCAUGCUUUUUCAAAGUCAAGGAGUUCAAAGGCGAGACCGAGAAGGAUGUGAAAGACCGUCCUUAUCGAAAGAUGGUGAAGGAUGAAGAUCUCAAAGACUGGCCUGGCAUGCCUGGGUACAUCAAGGAAGGCUUUCAUGUGGUGGUCACCACGGAUUUCAGCAUGGAAAACUGCAAGGAGUUUCUGACGGAUGCGCUGCCUUUCCUAGAAGAUAUGGCAAUCAUUGAGAUUGACCUAGCGUCCUUCACAUGAUUCGGCUUGGGCACGUUUCAUCAACUUUUUUUUUAGAGUGAAACAUAAGCUGAAGUGAUG